AUGCAUUUAUUAUAUGGAGUAAAAUGAAUUUAGAUAUUGAUAGGACAAUAUAUAUACCAUUCUAUCCUAACGAGAAUUUUUUGAAUAGAUCUAAUUACGCUAUAGAGUAUAUAUAGAAUUUUUAAUAUUUAUAGGGAGAAAUAGAAACACAAACCCCAACCAUCAAAAUCAGUUAUCAUUAAAUUGCUAAAUUAUGUGGAGGAAUUGAGACUCAAGUAUAAUAGACACAAAAAAUAAAUGAUAAAUAAUUUGUGUUUACUAAAUAGUUUGGCAGAUCUUUGAUUCAAGCAAUUGUGGAGGGAGUAUUCUAAUCUUUAAUUUAAAAAAUAAAAGCAAAAAAUUAAAUUGAGGUUAAUUAAGGUUAUUUUGGAAAAUUUUUAAGAUUUGAUUUUACAUUUACAUAUGAACCACUUUUGAAAUCUAAAGUUUAAUCACAAAUCAAAUAAGAAUUAUAAAUAAAAAAGACUGUAAGAAAUUUGAUUGAAUAAUCAAAAAAUGCUAUUGCUUUAUAAACAAAAGGAUAAAUAACAAAUUUUUAAAUUAUUAAAAAUUCAAUGUAAUAAUAACAAUAGGAAAGUAAAUAAUUUUUUAAUAUUUUUUAGUUAUUUAAUAGUCAAUAGAAUAAAGUUAAAUAAUUCAAACAAAAAAGGCAGUCUUUGAAAUUUUUAGUGAAAAUUCUUAAUAAAAGAUGAUGUAAAAUCCAACAAGAAGAAUUGGAAAACUAGAACAGUAAUCGAUUUAUAUAUAUAUAAGUAUUCCAGUCAUGUCUGAAAUAUUGGGAGCUGAUACUAAUUCCUUAUCUAAGAACCAAGAUUUUUAAAAAUUGGUCGAGAAUCCUUUUGCUUUAAUGAGUUAAUAAUUUUUUAAACCAUAAAAUGCUAAGAUUCGUUUUCCACCUAUAUUGGAUAAGUUUGUUAGAACAUAAGCAGCUCCAAUUUCAGGAAUCAAAUAUAAUAGUAGUGUAGUAAGUAGAAUCGCAUCCAAUUGA